AUGGGCGAAGGUAAACAUCACGCUGACUAUACGAGCUAUUCCAAUGAUGGUGGAAAGGAGGAAAUUUUACAAUCUGUAGUAGACUCAUAUGAAGCAUUAUCAUACGAUACUAGGAACUGGGUAGCUAAUUUAGCCAACUGUUCAUCUUUAUUAUGGCAUGCAUAUCAUUCAAUGAAGAUUAAUGUUAAUUGGUCUGGCUUCUAUGUCUUAAAUGAACCCAGAACAGAUGAAUUGAUAUUAGGACCAUUUCAGGGUAAGGUAGCUUGUCAAAUAAUCAAGUUUGGGAAGGGUGUUUGUGGGAAUGCUGCAUCAUCAGCAAAGACCCAAUUAGUUCCAAAUGUAAACGAGUAUCCGGGUCAUAUAGCCUGUGAUGGAGAAACUCAGAGUGAGAUUGUUGUACCAAUUGUAAACAAAGGCCAAGUAGUAGGAGUUUUAGAUAUUGAUUGUUUGACCUUAGAAGGAUUUGAUGAUAUAGAUGUAAAAUAUCUUGAACAAUUAGCAACUUUAAUUGGUAAUACUUGUGACUGGUAG